AUGGACGGCCGGAUAAACUGUACAGAGGCCGAGAAAGACAUUUUCAGCCUGAUACGGAGUCACGCCAAAGGAUUUGGAAAUGUAGUUCCGAGAGUUGCCGGAGGAUGGGUUAGGGAUAAGAUAAUGGGGAACCCCAGCUUUGAUAUGGACAUAGCGCUGGAGAAUAUAAGCGGAUAUAAGUUUGCAGUGGGACUGGUGCAGUCUGCAACAGGCCAGAAGCUUACUGAUGUUCACGUGAUAAAGGAUAAUCCAGAGAAGUCUAAGCACCUGGAGACUGCAGUUGUAAGGAUAAAUGGUUUUUGUGUCGAUUUUGUCAAUCUAAGAAAUGAAACAUACUCCGAGACCAGGAUCCCUAAUGUGAAGCCUGGAACGCCGCAAGAAGACGCCUUCAGGAGAGACCUGACCAUCAAUUCAUUGUUCUACAACCUGUUUACUGAGGAGAUCGAGGACUAUACUGGGAGGGGUCUUGAGGACAUAGGGCGCAAGGUCCUGGCAACACCGCUGGACCCAAGGACGACUCUCCUUGAUGAUCCCCUGAGGCUCGUGAGGAUUUUUAGGUUCCACUCGAAGCUUGGGUUUACGAUCGACAAGAAGAUUGAUGAAGCACUAGAGGACAAAAGAGUCAAAGUGGCAUUGGCAAAAAAGGUUUCGAACGAAAGAAUCCACAUAGAGAUAUUCAAGAUCCUCCGCUAUCCAAGAGGGCAGUAUGGGCUUUUGGAGAUAGUUAGAAGGGACUAUGUCGAGCCUAUAUUCAAACCACCAGUAGAAAGCAGGACAUCCUACGAAAAGGGGCUAGUGUUCUGCGAGGUUGUAGAGAAGAUCACCAAUCUGUGGGGGAGGCCAUACAGAAGAGAGGUUCUGAAUCUGUAUACCGUGUUAUGCUUCUUCAGCAGACUAACUGUUCCAGGCGGAAGAGACUCCGUUUUCUCUAACACCUACAUCGUGAAGACCUCCCUCCCAUCCUCCAAGAGCUUUGUAAAGAUGAUAAAUAAGAUCGAGGAGAGCCUCGUUUUUUUGGAUGGCUGCGAUAUGAAGAAGCCAAAAAAUGAAGAUCUGAUCCGGAUGGUAAGAUUCAUGGGGGAGACGUGGUAUGAAUCACUGGUGAUUUACUCUGCAAUCGAGCACAUGAGGGGGGGGCACGAAAAGUAUGAGAACGGGCUAAGGGUUAUAUAUAGUAUCAUACAGCAGGAGAUCGGAGAAUGCUACUUGUCAAGGCCAAUUAUAGACACGAGCAGGCUAGCCAAGACAUUGGAGAUACCGAAGCCAGACAUACGCUUUUAUAUCGAGGAGAGUAUCGUAUACCAACUCCUUAGUGGAACUGAAAGUCCGGAGGAGAUUGUCGACCACUUAAGAGGAAUAAAGGCUGCAAGGGAAGCAGACCAAAAAAGGCUUUAA